CGACCAGAAAAAAAUGCACAGCAUAAUCCUUCUUUUUUUUUUCAGGGCAUGCACAUAUGACUUUGCAAGAUGCACCUGAGCACCUCUCCAUUUUCUUAACCCCCAAAAUGGUAGGGUAUGAUCUCUUGCACGAGACAAGGCAAAGCAUGUGAACCCUCGAUACUAACUCCACCUGCUAUGUCUCACAACAUUCUUCAACCAACCUUCUCAUGACUACUUUAUCCAGCUUCAGGUUUGACCCCCUGCCUCUAUAUAUAAGUUCUUCAGCUACUAAACAUGCCACUUAAACUCAAAAGUAUUCAGCAUUCAAUUACUAAAGCUACUUCUAUCAUCCAUUCAACCACUCUUCCGAAGAUGGGCAUCCGAUUAAUGGGGUUAGCGCAAGCAAAGCAAAAGCUCCGGCGUAGUCUUUCGGCAAGAAUCAGAAUGAUUUCAGCCACUGGUGUUGAUGUUCCAAAAGGCCACUUUGCAGUUUAUGUUGGAGAAUUAAGUAGCAAGAAGAGGUUUGUGAUUCCAAUAUCAUACUUGAACCAUCCUCUGUUCCAAGACUUGCUAAACCUUGCUGAGGAGGAAUUUGGAUAUGAUCAUCCUAUGGGCGGCCUCACAAUUCCUUGCAGUGAAGAAUACUUCAUUUGUUUAACUUCAUCUCUAAAUUGUUCAUAGAUAAAUGAAGACUCGGGGAUUGAGUGAGUUUAGGCAAUGAACCUCAGUCCCAUCAAUUUUGUAUUGUGUUCUUGCCAAUAUCAUUCGUGUGAUGUCUUGAAAAUUGUAAAGAAACUGUUCAUCAUUA